UUCAGGAAAGGGGCGGAGCCUGAGGGACGCGACUGCCGGCGAGUUGCAGAGCCUGCGGAUGGCUGGAGCUUCCGGACCCUAGGGGGUCCCAUCGCGUCCCGAGUUGGAGGGCUGGCUGUGCACUCCCCCAGAGCGGCCUUGACUAGACCAUGGACCCUGAGGUAUCCCUGCUACUGCAGUGCCCUCCGGGGGGGCUGCCCGAGGACCGGGUACAGGCCGAGAUGAACCCAGCCCACAACCGUCGCCCACUGCCAGGUGGGGACAAGGCCAUCACUGCUAUCUGGGAGACCCGGCUACAGGCCCAACCCUGGCUCUUUGAUGCCCCAAAGUUCCGCCUGCACUCAGCCUCCCUGGUGCCCAUUGGCUCAGGGGAGCCACAGGUGCUCCUGCGCCUGGGCCUUACUUCCUACAAAGACUUCCUGGGCACCAACUGGGCCACCUCGGCUGCCUGGCUGCGACAGCAGGGUGCUGCUGACUGGGGUGACAGACAAGCCUAUCUGGCAGACCCACUCGGGGUGGGUGCUGCACUCGCCACUGCUGAUGACUUCCUUGUUUUCCUGCGCCGCUCUCAGCAGGUGGCUGAGGCCCCUGGGUUGGUGGACGUGCCUGGUGGGCACCCUGAGCCUCAGGCCCUGUGCCCUGGUGACAGCCCCCAGCACAAGGACUUCCCUGGUGAAUUGGUAGUACGUGAGCUCUUCUCCAGUGUCCUGCAGGAGAUCUGUGAUGAGGUGAACCUGCCACUGCUCACCCUGAGCCAGCCUCUGCUGUUGGGCAUUGCACGCAAUGAGACCAGUGCUGGCAGAGCCAGUGCAGAGUUCUACGUACAAUGCAGCCUGACUUCUGAGCAGGUGAGGAAGCAUUACCUAAGUGGGGGACCUGAGGCCCAUGAAUCUACAGGAAUCCUCUUUGUGGAGACACAGAAGGUGCAGAGAUUGCAGGAGACGGAGAUGUGGGCUGAGCUGUGCCCCUCCGCCAAAGGCGCUAUCCUCCUCUACAACUGGUCCAGGGAUGUCACAGCUGAGUGGCUGUAGGGUCUUCAGCCCUACUACCAGCGCUCUGAAGACAAUAAAGGACUUUCUUGUUUGA